GACCUCACAGCCAGAUCGGCCUGACCGCUGCUCUACUCCACCGAAAGCCCACCUUGGCCAGCUCACCCCAGCUCUGAGACACCCUAACCCAGCCUUUAAGGAUCUGCCCUGUGGUGGCUACGGCUCCUGAGAUCACUAGAACCGGCUGAUGGGAAAGUCGGAGAGCCCAGUGGGGAUGGUGGAGAAAGCAGACCGGUCUGGAAAGAAGCUGUCAGGCUUCCUGGAGGGGGGGCUGCUGCUGCUGCUGCUCCUGCUGCUGGGAGCCCUAAUGGCCCUGGGUGUCCUCUACAGCAGAGGGAAGCAGCUGCCCCUCUUAACUAGCCGACUACGCUUCUCCCAGGAAGAGAGGACGAUUGUAAAACGAGCCAUCAAAGAGUCAUCGCGUAAAAGUGACGUCUGUACCACCCCUGGCUGCGUGAUGGCAGCUGCCAGAAUCCUGCAGAACAUGGACUCAUCACAUAAGCCCUGUGACAACUUCUACCAGUAUGCUUGUGGAGGCUGGCUGCGGCGUCAUGUGAUCCCUGAGACCAACUCUCGAUACAGUGUCUUUGACAUUCUCCGGGAUGAGCUGGAGGUUAUCCUCAAAGGGGUGUUGGAGGAAUCCACUGUCAAGGACCGGCCGGCCGUGCAGAAGGCUAAGACACUGUACCGCUCCUGCAUGAAUGAAAGUGUGAUAGAGAAGAGAGACUCUCAGCCCCUGCUGAACAUCUUAGAUAUGAUAGGAGGCUGGCCUGUGGCCAUGGACAAGUGGACUGAGACUAUUGGCCCCAAGUGGGAGCUGGAACGGCAGCUGGCUGUGUUGAACUCGCAGUUCAACAGGCGCGUGCUCAUCGACCUCUUCAUCUGGAAUGACGACCAGAACUCCAGCCGGCAUGUCAUCUAUAUAGACCAGCCCACCUUGGGCAUGCCAUCCCGGGAGUACUAUUUCAACAACGGCAAUAACCGCAAGAGUGCUCCAUGGUGGCCAAGGUGGCCAAAGCCUCCCAGCUCCAUCCAUCGUCCUUUGGCCCAGGUGCGGGAAGCCUACCUGCAGUUCAUGACGUCUGUGGCCACCAUGCUGAGGAAAGACCUGAACCUACCCAAGGACAACAGCCUGGUGGAGAAGGAGAUGACUUUGGUGCUGGAGCUGGAGGCGCAUCUGGCCAACGCCACAGUCCCUCAGGAGGACAGGCAUGACGUCACCGCCCUGUACCACAGGAUGGACCUGGCAGAGCUGCAGGACAGGUUUAGUCUGAAGGGGUUUAACUGGACCCUCUUCAUACAAAGUGUGCUGUCCUCUGUCCAAGUCAAUCUGUUACCAGAUGAGGAGGUGGUGGUCUAUGGCAUCCCCUACCUGCAGAACCUUGAGGAUAUCAUUGACAUCUACUCAGCACGGACCAUACAGAACUACCUGGUCUGGCGCCUGGUGUUAGAUCGCAUCAGCAGCCUGAGCCGGAGAUUCAAAGAUGCACGGGUGAACUACCGCAAGGCGCUGUACGGCACAACCGUGGAGGAGGUGCGCUGGCGGGAGUGUGUCAGCUAUGUCAACAGCAACAUGGAGAGCGCCGUGGGCUCCCUCUACAUCAAGGAGGCCUUCUCCAAGGACAGCAAGGAAAUGGUCAAAGAGCUGAUUGACAAGGUAAGAUCCGUGUUUGUGGAUACCCUGGAUGAGCUGAACUGGAUGGAUGACGAAUCUAAGAAGAAGGCCCAGGACAAGGCCAUGAACAUCCGGGAACAGAUCGGCUACCCUGACUACAUCUUGGAAGAGCACAAUAGGCACCUGGAUGAGGAAUACUCCGCUCUGACAUUCUCAGAGGAUCUGUAUUUCGAGAAUGGGCUCCAGAACCUCAAAGCCAGCGCCCAGAGGAGCCUCAAGAAGCUUCGGGAAAGGGUGGACCAGAACCUCUGGAUCAUCGGGGCUGCAGUGGUCAAUGCCUUCUACUCCCCAAACAGAAACCAGAUCGUGUUUCCUGCCGGUAUUCUCCAGCCACCCUUCUUCAGCAAGAACCAGCCACAGGCUCUGAACUUUGGGGGCAUCGGGAUGGUGAUCGGGCACGAGAUCACACACGGCUUUGAUGACAAUGGCCGGAACUUUGACAAGAACGGCAACAUGCUGGACUGGUGGAGUAACUUCUCGGCCCAGCACUUCCGAGAGCAGUCGGAGUGCAUGAUCUAUCAGUACGGCAACUUUUCUUGGGACCUGGCCGACGACCAGAAUGUGAACGGAUUCAGCACCCUAGGGGAGAACAUCGCCGACAACGGUGGGGUGCGGCAGGCGUACAAGGCUUACCUACAGUGGCUGGCUGAAGGCGGCAAGGACCAGCGACUGCCGGGACUGAACCUGACAUAUGCCCAGCUAUUCUUCAUCAACUACGCCCAGGUGUGGUGUGGCUCCUACAGACCUGAGUUCGCCGUCCAGUCCAUCAAGACUGACGUCCACAGCCCUCUUAAGUACAGGGUACUGGGCUCGCUACAGAACCUGGCCGCCUUCUCCGAGGCGUUCCGCUGCCCCAGGGGCAGCCCCAUGCACCCCAAGAGGCGAUGUCGCAUCUGGUAGCCAAGGCUGAGCUAUGCUGCGGCCCACCCGCCACCCAGAGGCUUCGCGAAAGGUGCCUGUUGGCGGAGAUGUGCAAGUCCUUGCCUGAAGGCCACCCGAGGCACCAGCCAGCCUUCCGCACCUGGCCUAGAGUGCAGCCGCCCGCCCGCCUGCCCGCCUGCCCGCCCGCCCGCCCGCCCGCCUGCCCACACCUGGGAUGAGUGGUGCCUGGUCCCGUGCCCCUUCAGGCCAGUGAGGGUCAGCAGCCCUGUAGGAGCUGUCAGCUGUCUUCCACCCUUGUCCAUAGUGCGUGGCUAAAUGUCCUCGAGCUUCAGACUUGAGCUAAGUAAACGCUUCAGAGAA